AUGUCUAACGUUUACUUCGAUGUCACUGCCGAUGGCCAGCCCCUGGGCCGCAUCGUGUUCAAGCUCUUCGACGACGUCGUCCCUAAGACCGCCAAGAACUUCCGUGAGCUUGCCACUGGCCAGCAUGGUUUUGGCUACGCCGGAUCUCCCUUCCACCGUGUUAUCCCCAACUUCAUGCUUCAGGGUGGUGACUUCACCAAGGGCAACGGCACCGGUGGCAAGUCCAUCUACGGAGAGAAGUUCGCCGAUGAGAACUUCCAGCUGAAGCACACCAAGCCCUACCUUCUUUCCAUGGCCAACGCUGGCAAGAACACCAACGGCUCCCAAUUCUUCAUCACGACCGUUGUUACCAGCUGGCUCGAUGGUGCCCACGUCGUCUUCGGCGAGGUUGUUGAGGGCCAGGAUGUCGUCAAGACCGUCGAGGGUCUCGGCUCCCAGAGCGGUGCUACCAAGAAGAAGAUCGCCGUCUCUGCUUCCGGCACCGUCUAA